AGAGCGAAGGGGGGGGGGGGGGGAAACAUAAAUUUUUUCGUGAUGAGCAUUUUAUCCCAAUUCACACUGGACCUUUUUAUGCAUGCACGCUCGUCAUUUUAUAGUCUUGUUAGGGUGCUGAUGGGGGCUUUUUUGACUGUUUUGCAGCAUCAAAUGCAUGGUUUUGUCGGACCUCGGCGGUCAUUUGGUUGACUUCUAAACACCUUCAUCAAGCUGUGGAGCAGGAAGUCACUAUGCUGACCACCAUCACAGAAGGAAUUCUUUGCUGCCUAACUGGGAAAGCCGCCCGUCUCGUUUUGCCCUUGGAGUCGACGGAACCAUCCGAUGGUUUCGAGUUUGUGGAGGUGAAACCCGGACGAGUUUUGCGAGUGCGGCACAUCAUCCCUGAGCGCCAGCCUGUUGUAAACGACGAGCAUGUCGCGAACGGGGAGCAGAAGGCCGCUGAUCACGACGAGAAUAAAAAUGACAGCAGCGGCGGCGGUGUCCACUGCAAGAGAAAGAUCACGGUGUAUCGCAACGGCCAGUUGGUGAUUGAGAAUCUUGGCGACGUUUUGCACGCUGAGAUCCUUCAGUGUCAGGAUGGCGAUUUGGAACCAUGCAGUACUGUAGAGGUGGAGCUGGCUGACUAUAAAGAAUUGGCCUCUUCUCCGGACCCCAACCCUGUUCCCCCUCCUGUUCCUCCACCUCCUGGUGAGCAAAAGCCCGCCCCGCCUCCUCGCCGCCGACGCCGGAAGCCCAAGCGCACUGUGCUGAUCGACUCCAAGAGGCUGAUCUCCAGCUGCAAGGGGACGCACUCAGACGUGGCGCUGUUCUUCGUGCACGGUGUUGGAGGCUCGUUGGACAUAUGGAGCAGCCAGUUGGACUUCUUCUCUCGACUGGGCUAUGAGGUCAUCGCACCGGACUUGGCGGGGCAUGGAGCCAGCACAGCCCCGCAGAUUGCAGCAGCGUACACUUUUUACGCCCUGGCGGAGGACCUGCGUGCCAUCUUCAAGAGAUAUGCUCGUAAACGCAACAUUCUCAUUGGACACUCUUAUGGAGUGUCGUUUUGCACAUUCCUGGCCCACGAAUAUCCUGACCUCGUCCACAAGGUGGUUAUGAUCAAUGGAGGAGGUCCCACACCCUUGGAGCCCAGCCUCUGUUCCAUCUUCCAACUGCCAUCGUGUGUCCUCCACUGUCUGUCCCCUUGUCUGGCCUGGAGUUUCCUCAAAGCUGGAUUUGCCCAUCAGGGUGCCAAAGAAAAGCAGCUGUUGAAGCAGGGUAAUGCCUUCAAUGUGUCUCCAUUUGUACUGCGUGCUAUGAUGGGCGGCCAAUACUGGCCUGAGGGCGAUGAGGUUUACCAUGCUGAGCUCACUGUGCCCAUCCUUCUGGUUCAUGGCAUGUGUGACAAGUUUGUGCCCAUGGACGAGGACCAGCGCAUGGCGGAGAUCCUCCUAUUUGCCUUCCUAAAAGUCAUCGAGGAAGGAAGUCACAUGGUGAUGAUGGAGUGUCCCGACACUGUCAAUACGCUCCUUCACGAGUUCUUUCUAUGGGAGCCCGACGUGUCCGGAAAAGUCUCCAGCAAGACAGACACCGAGAAGUCCAUCGGAUUCAGUGACACUCUUCACACGCUGAGACUCAACAAGUCCAUGGACAAAUAACCAACAAGGAAUUGAGGAUCUUGUCACAGAAUUAAGUAGACUGCCUUUUUGUGGCUGUCAUCAAAAUAUUCUUCAGGCUGUUUCCGGGCUGAGAGCUGUUACAUAAAAGGCCACAUCUCGAGGAUGAGGGCGGCCGCUGGUGCUCUGAGAUAAAACUGGAAUACUGGCACGCUGCCAACCGGAGAACAAUAAUUGAACAUCAAGAUGAGAUGAACUGAUGCAAAUAUGAAAUCGAUGUGCGUUUUUACUUAUUCCUAUUUUUGUGCGAAAAAGCGUGUCAAAACCACUGUUGCAAGUCAUGAAAGUGUGUUGUGUUUCUCGGAAAGAACUACAACAUGCAAAAAGUCAUGAAAUGUGUGGAUUUCCUUGCCUGCGUCUUUUAUAUUGAGUGAAAUGCUGCAAAUGCAAAGAUUAUCUACUAAACAUUGACUCAAAUUGACAUUUACAGUAUGUCCAGUGGAAUUCCUGGAUGGACGGUUCUGGGAUUGGGACUGAAAGAUAUGCAACACUUACUUACUAGUACAGAAAAACCCAGACAUAUAUAUAUUAUAACUCAUAUACUAAACGGUGUAUGAUAUUUUUUUAUCCAAGACUCACAGAGCUGUUGCUGUUUAAAUUGGUCUAAUUUCCACAUAUCACUGUUGGGUGGAAACCUAUGACUAAAUUUGGUCAAUUUCAUAUUUUUCCACAAAUCGAUACUAUUGGUCAGUCCUCACGUGGGUCUGUUAUUUUCACAAAUUAUUAACCAAUAUUAAGUGUUGAAAAUAGUGUGCACUCUUACAAUGUUUAAUAACUAAAAUAAAAUAUGAUGUUCUUUAAUUUCCUGAAAAAAUAAUGGUUUUGCCAGGAUUAUGUCUGACAGCAACAACCAAAAAGCUAUGUGUGUAUAUGGUAUUGACCACAUAGUUGCAUGAAUAUUUAGUCGGGAUAUACAAAACAUGCUGUAUAUACAUAAACAAAUAUAAACAAAUUAAUUUCUUCAGUAUUUCAUAUGAUACAAAAGGAUAUCCAAAGGAUCUAAAGGAAAGUACAGGGCACAAGAACUAGAUUAUAGUCUUAGUCCAUGCAUUUCCUCUUGAAUCAGAUUGUGUCCCUCUGUGUAAAUGUACAGUUGUGCCUUGAGAUAAUGAGUGACCCGAGUUUUUCGAGAUAGGAGCUGUCAUUUGGCUCUUUGUUUUUGUUUAUUUUUUUCUUUGACUUGCAAGCAAUAAUUUGAGAUACGAGCACUGUAUGGUGACAGUGAACUCAACUCACUUCACAACAAGCAGAAGUUUGACAGAUACAAUAUACAGUUCUGAUACAAUAUACAGUUCUUCAAAAAAGAGGCUUCAAGCAGUUUAAUGCCACUCCCACAUUUACUGUCAAACUAAACAUAAAAAAAGAGAAAUACAUAUUGGGUAUUUAACAACUGCUCGUUAGAAUGGGUAACACCAUAAAUGGCGUUACAACGCUUUAAGCAACAGUUAUUUAAACUCAAAUGGUGCAUCAACCCACGGAGGCAGACGAUAUAAUGCUCACGGGCAUAUAAUCUUUAUCCUCUGUGAAGAACAACUACUGCGGCUUACUGAGAAGCUGUAACCGUCUCCAUGUAGAUCUGUAUGUGUGUAAUAUACUGCCCCCAUCUGGCCAAGUUGCACACACCAGAUGGAGCAGCUAUAUAACAAUACCCAUGGGCAUAUAUUGCAUAUAUUAUAUAUAUAUUACUACUGAGAACCUGUGACAGUCUCUGUAUGUAUAGAUGGAGCAGCAAUAUAUGGAACGGAUUAUUGACAUUUCCAUUUAUUUCAAUGGGGAACAGUGAUUUGAGAUACCAAUGUUUGGAUUUAACGGAACAAAUUAAACUCGCAUCUCAAGGCACCACUGCACUGAAAUUAUUAUUAUUAUUCUGAAAUAUCACAAGCUUCCGUGGUCGUCUAAUUUGUAAUCGUAACGAUCGCUUUAAGAUCUUGUGUCUUUUCGGGGACGAACGCAAACUCUCCAGUCCACCCAGUUGGUGUCAAGAAGAAAGAAUGAUCUCAGCAUUUUACUCACUCAAAGACAUUCAUUUGUGGGUGUUGCCUUGUCUCAUAGUGGGACAGUUAAGUACGAGUUAAAGCACAGUCUUUUAUGAUCGCCGCUGAGAGUGAGUUAUAACAGAAGGUGUAAAAUGAUGGUUUUAAAACUGGUUGUACAGUGCUUCAAAUCAAAUACAAGUCAACCAAAACAAAACUUGCUUCUCUUUAAAAGAUGGACUCACACAAUGCUGCUCUGUUAUACAGUACAGUAUAUGCAUUUUGAAAAAGAGUGGAUGCAACAAGGAUAGUUUUAUAAAACUAGAGUAAAAUGGAACCGAGAGGAACUAAAUUUACCUAGCAUUGAUGCCUCUAAAUAUUACAUAAUCUCUAUAUGGACUUCUCCAUAAAAACAACAAUGCUACUGAUGUAAUGUUCUGUGCUAAAUGUCUAUUUUGAUGUUAAAGGUCAGUAAAACUGUAUGGACUACAGGGUGCACAUGUAUUUCCUCCUCUGCUACAAGUGUGCAUACUUAUUGUCAAGUGAUUCAGUGUGCUCUAUCUUCUUGUGAUAAACAAAAUGUGUUAUGUUAUUAUUACAUUUAUUCAUGAGAGUCAUAAGACAUGCACUGCUUGAAUGUGGAUGCAUAUAACAGCAUAUAGCCAUUCCACACCGUCGGAGUCACUGUAUGAAUGUGCCUUUUCUGGCAUGAAAUAA